AACUGCUUCUAAUCAUGGCGGACUGUGAUGAAGUGAUAUUUUGAACAGCAUGCUGCACGUCCAUGAGGUUUGGGAAGAGACAUGUCCAAAAAAUAAUAAUUCAAUUUUAUUUUUAAAAGCUACUGAGUUUUCGGAGUGCCAUUAUUGAAAUGGAUUCACACGAAGAAUAUAAAAUUAAUAGUUCGCCUCCAUUGACUAACGUAAGUGUAAGCCCUAGGUCUCAUCGACUUCAAGAUUUUGCUGACGAGUCUAUGGAUGUGGUGACUGUUUUCAGCGUUAAGAAUGCUGAAGCCAAUAGCAAUUGCAUCAAUGAGAGUCAUAGUUAUAAUAAUAAUGUUUACAGUGAUGACAUUAAUGAGGUUAGAGAUGCCAUUGAAUGUGAUGGUGUUAUUUCCAAAUUGAUGAUGAGCAACCGUGAUGCAUGUGAAACACCUGCAGAUUUUCUGUUUGUCAAAACUAAAAAAGAGCAGGAUGAUAUCCUAAAAUGUAUAGAAAAAGCAAAAACAAUGCAAUCAACAACAAUUGAUUUGAGCAGAAAAAAAUUGCAAGCUAUUCCAGAUAAUUUACUGGAGUUAACAUGUUUAGAGGUAAUCUUUUAUUUCAAUUUCAAAUCAUCAUUUUAAAUUUUGUCAUACUCAUUCACUCAUUGAUCAAUUGUAAUAAUUAUUCAAUAAUAAAAUUUAAACUGUAUUGGGUCAAUGCAAAGAAGAGAUGCCAUGCUUUUUCCAAUGGCCGCCAAGAAAAAAAAUUAAUUUCAACUACUUAUGGAAAGAUUUUCAAAGAUAGGAGAAUAAGAAAAUAAGUAAAUUUACAAGAAAAAAAAAUUCAACAGAAAAAAAUGAAAUUAAUUAUUAAUAGUAUUUUUUGAAAAGUUAGUACCAAAAAAAAAUUUGAUUUUUUUUCUUUUUUUUGUUGUAAAAAACGAAAAUUCAACAAUUCGGCCGAUUGAUAAUUUUACCAGUGGAUGGCCCCUAUCCCUAAACCUGAUUUGAACGCCUAAAUAUAUCCCAAACCUAACCUGAACCCUAAAUCUAUCCUUAAACCUAAUCUGAACCCAAAUUAUAUCACUAAACCUAACCUGAACCCUAAAUGUAUCCCUAAAUCUAACCUUAACCCUAAAACUAGCACUAACCCUCAAGUAAGAAACAUGUGCAGUUACACACGGACACAUUGUCGCAAGAAAACUAAAAAAAAUGAAGAAAAAACAAUAAAAAAUAAUUGUAAAAUAAAUAAUUAAUGAAAACCCAAUUAACCGUUUCAUAGAAUACACUUUUACACACAUUAAAAUAGGUACACUUUUACACACUUUAUUUCAAGUUCCACCGAAAAGAAUAUCCAAAAAUUGAAUAAAAUACUAUCAUCAGUAUAGUAUCAGUGCUAAUCCAAGUGACAAGCCCAAAAGGACCAAAUCUACAGACACUCUGAGAGCCGGCUUUAGGGUAGCAAAUUCUGGGGGAAAAAAUUAAACGAAAAAAAAAAUAUAUAUAUCUAUAUAAAAGAUGCCCCUUUCUCCCAAAAUUUUAGUAUUAUAGAAGAAUGAAUGUUUUACGAUUAUUACCAAUCAUGAGCAGAGAGUGACAUAGCUAUAUUGUUGUAGAGUUAGUUUGUACCGGUCCGGCCAAGAUUUUUGCCACCCCUACCAUGAAAAAACUCCAAGGUGGAGCAUGAAUGCUUCCAUUAAUUCACUAAUUUAAAGAAAAAAAUGUGCCACCUCAGGUGGCCCGCCACUUUUGAAACUCCUUUCUGCACCACUUCGAGCAUGGUAAAGGAUGAAAUCAUACACGCUUAUCUGGAGCAGAGUAUAGGAAGAAAAAGAAUGUUAAGAACUAUUUCAUAUCAUUUCAGAAGAGCCCCAUUUUAAAAUUCUUGACAAAAGAGAAUACAUUAAGUUGUAUAGUGUCAUCGCGUCAGAACUAUCAUUAACUUAGAUUCUAGCAAAGAAGUUAUAUUGAAGAACGUAUCUCCAUUGAACUCUAUGUCAACUGGUGCAUUAUUCUUUAUUAGAGGUUUGACAGUCUCAUUCAAUUCUACACAACAUUUGAACAAAUGACAACCCAUGAUGAUGUCAAGUUUCUAUAAAGAAACAUUUCAUUGGAUUCAUAGAAAUUAUAAAAUCUACAGAGGCAAGUUUGGAAAUUCUACUUCGAAAACUUUCAGGCACUUGUCUAGAUGAUAUGAGCGGACAAGGUUAUGAUGAUGGAACAAAUAUGGGAGAUAUACAUAUUUCUUGAUCUCAAGUUUGUUUGUUCAUUUGUGGUUUCAACUUUGUUUAUUCUUUUGUGGUUGGGUCAUAUAUUUUAUUUGAGAUCAACAAGUUUAAUAAACUAUUUCAAGAACAAGAUCAAUUGAAAAUUGAAUGGAAAAAAAAACUAUGCUCCAAAAUUAUAGAAUGGAUGAAGGCUUUGCUAAAGCAAUUAUAACAGUUAAACUAUGGAAACAACAAUAUAUGUUUGAGUGCAAUUUCUUCCAGAAAAUACAACUAAAAAUUUUGCAAAAAAUAACAUUUUGACAUUUUAAUUGAAGAUUAAGAUAAUCUAAAUCUUAACAAAGAAAAGAAAAGCAGAGUUUUAUUUGUUAACCAGAUUGUGGAUACCACAAUUUAUUCAGUAAAUGGUAGAUUUUUAUAGCAAUCUCUCCCUGUGAGACAUUUGGAUAUUUGUGGGACAUUAAAAAGAUAUAAAUUUGAUGAAUAGGCAGGAACUUUUCAAAGAAGUCAUGGACAUUUAAUUAGCUUUAGUAUAUGAAAAUGAAAAUUCUGUGUAAUGAUUUAUUAAAUUUAUCAAGAAAAAUAACAGGACAAUCAAGCCCAUGGGGUAUAUUAGCAAAUCUAUUUUGAAUGAGCUUAAUUGCUCUUUUUCCAAAUGUGUAGGUGGUAAUAAGAGUUUUGCAAACACUCAUAAUUUUCAGUUGUGAGUGCUAAGAGAAGCUUUUCAAAGUUCAAACUCGUAGAAAUAUAUCUUUCUUUCUGCAUAUGUAUCAAGAUCGUUUGGUUGGUUUAGCGACAAUAACCAUAGAAAGAGCGAUUUCAGAAGUGUGGGAUAUGACAGAAAAAGUUAUGGAUUUUGCUUCUGCUAAAGCAAGAAAAGUAUAUUUUCUUCUAAUAAAAUGUAAAUUAAUAGAUAGGCCUACCUUUAAAAUACUUUUUUAUAAAUUUGCGGUUACAGCAUUUUUGGCUUCAUUGCCUAUUUAAUUUAGGAACUCUACAAGAGCAAGAAAACAAGGAUAAUCUUGAAUUGAACUAUUGAAUGUAAAAACUCAUUCUGAAUUCUGAACUCAUUUUAAAAAGUUGCCAAUUUAAGUUUUAAUUAAGCUACUAACCGGUACUUGUAAAUAAAAAUAAUAAUUUCACAUUGUCACCAUUCCAUUUCAUACUUCAAAAUUAAUAGAGCAUUUACCUUCCUAGAAAACUGAAAACUAGUAAAAAUAGAUGCCUUAUAAACAUUUAUAAUUAAGGGAUGGCAUUUUUUGUUCUUGCCUAUAGCAAAUAGCUCUCAAAGGCCGGCACUGGGCAUUCUAUGUAUGUUUCUUAUGCCUAACAAACUUACAUACGUACAGUAAAAUAUUCAUAUAUUUAAAACAAAUUUUUUUUUUUAAAGUAAGUUUAAUUAAGAGAUAAUUUAUUGCUUUUUAGUGCUCCUGUUCAUUUUCAUUCUUUAUUGAUGUUUGCAUUGAAAAAUUAAUGUUAUCACAGUUUAAAUUUAUUUUACUUUUUAUUUCAGUAUUUGUACCUCCAGGGAAAUGAAAUUGCAUAUUUACCAGACAAUUUUUUUAAAUGUUUCCCAUCCUUAUUAUGGUUGGAUCUGCGCAAUAAUGCUUUGAGUCGUAUUCCUUCUGCAUAUCUUUCCAAUCAUACCUGUCUUCGUAAUCUUCUACUAGAAGGCAACAACCUUCGUAACCUGCCUUUGGAGUUAGGUAACUUUCCUUUUUAAAUCUCAAUAAAGAAGAAAUAUAUUAUUAUUCAUUAAAUUAUAUGUCAUGUUUAAAUAUAUUAUUAUAUUUUCAAACUUUUGAAGCUUUAAAUUUUAGAUGAUGUUUUUCUGCAGGUUUAGUUAAGAGUUUGCAUGGACUAAAUAUUGCCGGAAACCCACUAGAUUUUCCUCCACAGUCGAUUAUGGAAACAGGGACUCAAGCAAUACUUCAGUUCCUGAGAGAUGUAUUAAAUGCUAAAAAUUCAGCCAAAAUUGCAGACCUGGGUAAAAAGACUGUUAUAAUUUUGUUUUUCUUCAGUUAUUGUUUCUAAAAUCAAUACUAAUUUGUAUACAUGUGUUGGCUGUAUCUAAUGAGUUUUUUAAAUAUGCAGCACUCAUUAAAUUACCAAUUACUACAUUACCAGUAAUUCAUAUAGCUAUUUUAACAGAUUUAUCACUGAGCAAAGGUGAAGAACUUCUUGAACAAGUGAGUGCCAGUUCUGAUGACUGGAAUACUACAGCUAGUAUGAUGGAGCUUGCCAAAAUGAGAGAAAUGGCAAAAGGAGGUGAAAAAGAUUUGUCACAGGAUAAUGUGGAUUACUCUGACAAGCAAGGUUUAAGGCCAAACUUUAUUCAUCAAGAUAAAGUCCAAAGCAUUAAAAAAAAUAAGAAAGUAGCAGAUUUAGGGGCAUUUGAAGAGUAAGUAUUUUUAGAAAAUAAAAUUAAUUAAUAAAAUUUAUUGCAGGCCUACUAAGCAUAGAAAUUAUUUAUUAUAACAAUUAUAAUACUUUAAAAUAAGGACAAAUUAAAAAGAAGUAACAUAAAUCCCUCAGAUUGCCCAAGAUAACUUCUUUCUUGUAAAUCACAAAACAUCUUUGAAUGUUCAUCCAACUCUUUUUUUUAAAAUUACAAUAAUUUGCAUUAAUCUUUGGGAGCCAAAAUAGUGUCAUCAAUAACUCACUGUAAUGUUAUAAAAAUUGUGUGUACAAAGUCUUUGCUAGAAAAAUAAGGUCAUCAACUAACUACUUCUUAAAGUGGCACUUCUUGUCAACAGUUCUUUUUUUAAAUAAUACCACAUAACCUAGCUCCUUUUCAUAAGAUAACAUUUUGUUAUUACUUAAGCAUCAUGGAACCAUACCUUAUGAAUAUGUGUUCGUAUACAUUUUUGUAAUAAAUCUUGUGACUCCAAUGUUGCUCACACUAAUGAAAAUAUUAGUAAAUUUACUGAUCAAAUCUUUGGAGAUAUGUAGGCUUGCAGUAUGUCAAUAUUCUUAAAGUUAAUCAUUGAAAGAUGAUAAACUUUAAAUAAUAACAAAUUUACAUUCUACCUCAGCACUGCAUUUGCUAUCCAAGAUGAUCUACAAAUUCUGGCUGCAACCAGUUGUCUCAGAAUCAAUCAAGCUCCUUAUAGACGCAGAGUGUCUUCUGAUAUUGCUCAUGAUAUUGUCACAUUUUUUAAAAAAGCACUUAAAGACUGAUAGUAUUAGGAAUUUUAAUACCGAAGUUGAUCUGAUAACCUGAGUUUUUUUUAAAUUUGAUCUUAAGACACAAUCUUAACUCUUUCAGCCAAUAUUAGAACACGAUCCGAUGCCAUCAGAUAAAAAUGUUACCUUAUGUAUGGUUCUGAUUCAAGGCAUUUUUUUUUUCAAAAAUUGUAAAGCUUAAAGCUGGAAUUCAAAAUUAUUGAUUUUUAAAUCAAAUUUGAAAUUAUAAAUAUUUCAUGACCUAUAUUUUCUUAUUUCCUAAUUUUUUGAAUUUCAAGAGAGAGAAUAUUAAAUUUAAAAGCCUAAAGAUUUCGUGUACCGGUACCAACCAUUUUAACAUUAAUAUAUAUAUAUUUAACUUUGAUUAUGCAAUUAUCUGCUGGUGAAUAUUUGUUUCUUCAUUAAACUGUGCAACACUAAGCCUUUUUAAAAUUAUGUUUUAUUUUGAGUUAUUGAUAAUAUUUUUUUAAUUUUAAAUUAAGUCCAAUAUAUAUAUAUANAAAUAUAUAUAUAUAUAUAUAUAUAAAAAUAAAGAAUCAAAGCUGCCUUAACGUUUUUUAUGCAUCACUCACUAUUUCACUACAGUUUUGUUGAAUAUCUUUUUAUACUUAAAAAAAAUGUUCAGCUGAUAUUAUUUUCAGUUAUAGGAGUUCUUAGUGGUAUUAUUGCGUUUUUAAUCUUCUGCAUUCAAAGUCUAAUUAUAAUAUUUCUAAUUAUUUGAAUACUAAUUUUGUGUAAAGAUAGAUAUUUUGAUGCAGUAAAAUAUCUUUUUUAAACUGGUGGACUGGGCUUCCUGCUCAUCACUCAAUCAAUGGUAACUGUUAUCCUUCUCCAAACUGUAAAACAGUUUAAAAACCUCGAAGGCUCAUGUGACAGGUCAACCCUCAUCCAGCAGAAAAAAAGCAAUUGUAAUUUAUUAUAUUACACAUCUUUUUACUGAUAAUUUAUUAUCUGUAAUUUUAAAAUAUGGACAAAGCGCUAUUCAUUUUUAUCAAAUGGCCAUUUGACACAAGUUUAAUAAUUUUAUAACACAGAAUAAAGAAAAUUAAGGAGAACAAGAUGUCAUGGAAAGUAAACCCUUACCCAACACCACCAACACAAGAAUAUGUCAAAUUUAAAAUGAAUGAAGAAAAACAGAUGGCUAGGGUGAAAGAGUUUAGAGAAAAAACUGAUGCAAUACUCCAGCGGCGAAAGUGGGUAAUAUUAAUUUCAAUAUUAAUUUAAGUAGCUACUUCUGUAUCCAUUCUUACUAUCAACUUUCAGCUUUGUAAUAGUGCUGUUUAAUAUCCUAUUUCGCUCAUGUAGAAUGAGAUAUAAUGUGCUAUUUUCUCUUUCACAAGUGCAGCUCAAAAUCUAUAAUAAAAACAUAAUAUAAGCUUUUAAUCUAUUUUUAGUGUUACGUCAUGUUUAUUCAGCAAAAAUAUAGUAAAUAUCUCACAAUUUCAACAAAUUUAAUGCAGUUGAUUUAUUAAAGUUAACAGUGUUUUCUUAAUGUUGGCUCUCUAAGGAGCAAAGCAAACUCAUGUUAAAUAUAUUAAAUCUUUAUUUAAAAUAUUAUAUUAAUAAAAUAGUGGCUUUUUUAACUUGUAUUAUUUAGGGAUGAAGCCAUGCUUAAAAACUGGCGAGAUGACACUAAAGCUCUUCAGCAGAAAAAAUACUCUCAGCAUUUGGUACCUGGUGAAGGUAAAGUUAUUGGUGAAAGCCUAGGAAUAUGCUGUUUUAUAAUAAAGCAAUCUUAUUGUAGCCAUGUGGUGGUGAUAGGACAGCGGAUAGUUUUAAAAUAUACACUCAAUAUAUUCAGGUCUUGAGGACUAUAGGUUUAUUUGGUUCUAUAACACUGCCGAAGUAAAAUUUAAAGAAAAUGUCGAAAGGCUAAAGAAAAAGAACAUUUCCUGAAAAGACGCAAACAGUACAGGUUAACAAUGUCCUGACUAACAUUUAAUUACACAGCUAACAAUAAACAUGCUAAAUAACUAAGUAAUUACAGAUUAUGACAAUAUAACCUAAUGAUGCACAUGUUAUACAAAUGACAAUUAAAAUUAUAUUAUUGUAAUAAUGUCCAUUAUAAACUAAAUCAUGUGGCAUGAUCUAACUCGUAGCAUGUAGACCAUCCUACUUUCAGAGCCAGUGUGAGAUGUGAGGGCCAUCAUAAAGGUCUAGAAAUUAUUAUGGUACUGUCAUCCAUGUAUGGUGUCUAUGUAAGAUGCACACAUAGCAGGACAGUUACUACAAUGGCAUAAAGUAUAACCACCAUUAGUUUGAUACUUGUAUCAAUCAACCGCUGUGUCUUUUUAAGACAAAACAAAUAGCGGAAUGUCUAAUAUAUUAAUACAGCUGGUAAUAUUAUCCUAACACAUGCAUCAUUCCUAUGUGAGACUUAAGCACAUGGCAGGACUGUUAGCCUACGAUACAUAUUUUACAUAUAUUUGCUGGUUGUAUACUGUUGUAUCCAUUGCUUUUACUUAUAAGCACAUAGCAGUAUGUGUAACCAGAAUGAUAUAACGGUGUUAUGCUCACUAACACACUGGUAUCUAAUUCUAUUUAAGAAUUCAGUGGAUGGUUGUAUUUUCAACAUUUAAAAUAGCAUGGUUAUAAGUCAAUUGGACAGCUGUGGGUUCUUUAUUCACCAUAUCAUGGUUAUAAGUCUGAACAGAAAUCUUCCACUAUUACCACCUAACAAUUGCAUUCUACAAACACAGACAUAUGAAGGCGUAUUUGAUUAUACUUAUACUUACAAAAUGGCCAAAAUGGUACCAGUGAACAAUGCCACACCUUAAGGAUGAGUUUACAACUUUGAAAGCCAAUAACUUAUUAGUGUGCCCAUUAUAAAUAAAGCCACUUGGAUGGACUUGAGAGGAUGUAUUUCACAUAAUGACAAAGACAGUCUGCUACUUGCCUUCUGGUAGAUUUCCUGUGGUGAAUUUGACAAUUACUAGCGACUCCAACCUAAAUAAAAGUUAUAAUCCCAAACCAACACCCUAAAGACAUAUAUGUAUAUGUACGCACCAUGUCUCGGCAAUCCAAGGCACACUUUAAAAUUUGUACAAGUUAAAUAGUAAAUAGAUAUUUUAAAAAGAAGGGGUUGGGACUACCCAUGGAUGAAUGUAAAAACUCCCUUUAUUACAAACUAUUUUAAUACCCUCUAAAAGAUGUGGACUUGCAAAUAUACAAUUGUAAAGAUAAUAAAAUCCCUUUUCCGACAAUAUAUAAUUUAUAAAAUAAUACCCAAGGGUUCCAGAGAAAUAAAUUAUUAAACUUAUCCCAAAAUCGGUUUCCUAAAUGUAUUAUGAGUGAUUGGGGUGAAAACUUUCAUGCCAUGUAGUACAUAACCCCAAGGUCAAAGUCCAUGACACAAUUUUGUAAAGGUGCGGCCUGCCCAGCCACAUUAAAUGAACCCAAAUGAUGCUAUUUUAAUUCUGUGAUAUUAUUUUAUGGUAUCAAAGAACUAUAGUAAAAUCUUCAGUAGCAUUUUGAGUUGAUGUGAUGACACUCAAUAUUUCUCAAGACUUCAGAAAAAACUGUUAAAAGCAAAAAACUCUUUUACUGUUAAAUUGUUUAUUAAUUCAUAAAGUUUUCUAAACUAUACACUUAUAAAUAAUGUUAGUAAAACAAGCAUAUGAAAACUCUAAUUUCAGAAAUAAAGGAAAUAAAUUUGUGGUUUUUUAACUUUUUUAUGGUGUAAAGUGCUUGCUUUACCACUGCUUAAAUGAAAUAAUUAAUAACAAAAUGUUUAACUUUAUGACUGUUGCAGACUAUAAAGAAAUAGCUGAACAGGCACCAUUUGAUGUAGAUAAAGAUAUGAUGCAGGUUCUAACAAAAGAAGAAAGACUUAAGGUGCUUUUUAAAAUCAUUUUUACUAAAAUUGAGUUUUGACUGUACACCUGUUUAGCUACAUAAAUGUCAAAAUGCAUGCUUACAUGUUCACAAUUUCCAUUUCCUUUCCAAUUUGUAUAUAUAAGACAUGAAGAACAUAUUCUUUAUUUUAAAUGUACUGAGUCUUAAGAGGUAAGGACUCACUUUGUGCAGUCACUGAGGCAUUACCAGUCAGCAGCAGAGUAAAACAAGGCUGCAUCCUAUUUUUCUUCUAAAUGCUCCUUCAGUUUGCCUUUAAGCACUAUGAAGAUGGAGUAUACAUCCAUACCAGAUCUGAAGUAGGCUUUUAAAUAUUACCCUUCUUCAUGCAAAGAGCAAGAUAAAAAAAAAGGGUUAAUUCCAGAAUUGCUUUUCACUGAAGAUGCCACCUUAACAUCACAUAUGGAAGAGGGACUGCAGCGGUUAGUAAAUCAUCUCUCCCAUGCCUGUAAACUGUCAGUCUACAGAAAAAAAAAUUUCAUGGUGCAAGAAACACAGUCCCUUCCUUCCAAGCAUAGCUAUUGAGGGUCAUAACCUGUCAGUGACUGAAAACUUCACAUACCUUGGGUUCAAUAUCUCGAAGCAAACAUCAGAUUUGUAAAAGCAACAGCAUCUAUAGCUAAGUUGAAAAGCAGAUGUGACACAAUUCUGUGUGGUCAGUAUGCUCUUAUAUGGCAGUUGAGUGUGGACGACAUAUGUCAGUUAUAAGCAGAAAGAUGGCUUUGGUGCAUUUUGUGAAUUUGACAGCAGGACAAAGUGCCUAACACAGAAGUUUUGGGAUGUGCAGCAGGUUCUCUGCUCUUAGUAAGAGGCACCUUCACUGAUUAGGCCAUAUAAGGAGAAUGGAGGAAGAUCGUAUUCAUCAGGACCUGAUGUAUAGAGAGUUGGCAGAGGAGUCAAGACUUGACAGGGUGCAGCUGUGUUUUGAUGUUUUUAAAAGUAACAUGAGGAAAGCCAACAUAAAAUGGGAGCGCAUCAUUGAGCACCAUUGUGGCUGGCAAACAACAUUGUAGACGGGAGUCAAACAGGCAGAAGAUGAGAUGAGCAAAAUGAAGCAUAUGCAACAAAAAGAGCAUUACAUAAGGCCAAAUUAAACCAGAGGUCAUGGUACUCCUGCGAUUCAGGCUGCGAGAAGUGCAGCCAAGACUGCCAUUCCAAGAUCUACAUCUUAAGAAAUUUGAAAAAGUGUCAGUGACCUGCUGUAUAUUACCCUGAAAAACGCUAUCCACGUAUAAUGCAAACCCCCAACUUUUUGUUUUAAAAAUGCCCCAAAAUACUUUGUCCAUGCACAAUGCAAUCUGUUAAUCUUGUCCAUGAUAAUAAAAUAUGAAUUAAGAAAAUAAGUGUUUAUUUUUAAUAUUAAUCAUUUAAAUUAUUAUAAUAUUUAAAAUGUACUGUGGUCAUACUGAUAAAACUACGCUAAUAUCCCUUUUAAAAUGGGCAAUACCUAAAUUUCUUGCACUAUACAUGGUAACAUACGGUACUCCAUUGUCUUGUGAAGACAAAAGUAUGCCAUAUAUUUAUUCUUGACUUUCUAUCUUAUAACAGUAUGCACCAAAAUAUACAAUACUGAAUCUUAUGCAUCUUAGAAGUGAUUUUUAACAUGAUACUAGUAGUGAGAAGGAAAUUGUGUUGGGUAUUUAUUGUUGGAAAUACGUGAAGGAAAAAGUAUUAAAAGUUGAGUAUUAGAUCCACGCAUCUGCAAGUGAUCAUGAAGGGGUUAUGAGUUUUAAUAAAUGUAGCAGAACAGAAACCAGAGGGAUUUAAUAAUAUGGCACCAAGCGACACUGCUAUGAUGUCUUUUGUUACAACAUUUGGCCAUUCUAGUAACAUACUGAGUAAAAGGAAGAGGAAUUAUUGUUGACUAGUAACUGUUUCAUUAAAUAAGGCUCAUGCACAAGUUCUCCAGCAGGAGCCGUAUUUAACCAAAAAGCCUAUGACAAACAGAUUGAGGAUGAGGAAGGCUAAGUACUUACCGUCACCCAAGAUUGCUGCCAGGACCCAUUUCUUCAGGAUUUGAGAAGGUCCUAUGUGCAAGAGGAUUUCAAAUGAAUAGAAAAUGGUAUCAAUCAAACAGGAGAGUAUAUUUAACUGUGAAGAUCUUCUAAGAACUGUUUAUGCAAUACACAAGCAAACCAUUUCCUUUUGCAGCAAUCAGCAGCAAUCUUUGUUCUAGAAUAUGUUUGAGAAUCUGUGUGAACAAUAUGUUUACCAUCUACAGCAAGAUGUGGCAGACUUCAAAUACUUACUUAAUAACCAUUUUAGUCCAAAACCCCACCUGGGCACCCCUUAAAGAGCUUAAAAAAGGUCUCUAUGCAUCAUCAGAAUCCUUGAAUUUCAAUCAGGUGGCUUGUUUAGGUCUCGAGAUUCAAUGUUGUAGGAUGAAACAAAAACUUUGGUUAACCUAGAAUAAAUGUCCUAACAUUGCCUUCCCCCCCCCCUUUUUUUUUAUUUUUAAACAAAGAUACAUUUCCUACUUGAGAUACUUAAAGACUAAAUGGCUCACCCCCCUAUAAUCUUCGAAUUACUACCAAUGGGGCUUACACCCCACAUUGGGAAAUACUGCAUUACAAACACCAUCGAUACCGCUUGCAAUAGGUUUCCUACAUUACUAAACUUACAAUCAUUUUAAUGGUUAAACAAAGAAAAUGAAAGGAUACAUCAAAUAUAAAGAUUAUUCAUUUUUAAUUAUUUAAUUUUAUCUAAAUAUUUAUACAUUUAAAGGCAGACCUGCAGAAAGAGAAAAAAAUGAAACAAGAAAGAUCAGUUUCUCCUGCAACAAGACAACGUAUUGAAUUAGAGAAGUAGGUACCCAUAAUAAAUUAUCUCUCAAUUUUUAUUGUAUAUUCUAUUAAAAUGUCAUUACUUUUUAGGAUUUAAAAAAAAUCUUUUUUAGAAAAGAACAUAUUUUGAAAUUUUUUGAAAGUGGAAUUUUAUUUUCAUAUAAACAGACAAACUAGGAUUCGGGAAUUAGAAAAAAGAAUCAAAGACCACACUGCUGGAAUGGUUGAGAGAAGAAAGCAGCCACGGGGAACUCCACAACAUGAAAUGGAGAUUGCUAAAAGGGAACUGGAAAUGGUAAGUUAUUUAUAGCACAAUAAAGUUGUUUUUUUUAAAAUAUAUAUAUAUGUUUUAGUAUUGUGUAUUUCAAGAGUUUUUUUUAAAUUUUGUUUCAAUAAUGAUCAUGAAUAAAUCAUCUUAUUAUGGAAAUAAAUGUAAAACUUGCAAUCUUUUUUUAAAUUUGAUAUCUCAAUUCUAUGAAGAUUACAGAAAUUCAGCUCAGCUUAUUUUUUGUUGCCAUUCAAUUUCAGAGUGAUGAAUUUUAAUGACAAUUCUUUUUCAUUCUGAUGUCUACCAGAGGCUAACAAAAUGUUUAUAGUUGAAGUUUCUUGUUCUACUUUUCUGAAUAUUGUAGUCAAUAAAUUAAAUAAACUGCAUCAAAACCCUUUGAUAUCCCCUGGUCUCCUUAGAUCUUCUUAUUUCAAAUUUGUGCAAAGGCCUUUUCAGAUCACAUGUGCCACUUUUUCUUUUGAGUUGUUUAUCCAAUAUCUAAAAAAAACAACUAAGUUUCAAACUCGUUUUCUAAAUACUUCCAUCUACAAUUUCCUUGCUUGCUUCUCCUUGUAUUCAGGUAAAAAAUUUGCAGAGAGACCUGAUGAGACGUUACCAGGAACUAAAAGCAUGGAGUGCAGGUUGUUAUUGGUUCUACUUGAAUUUUGUAUCCUAUCAAUUUAUCUAAUUUUUUAAUAAGGCCAUAGGCACCAGUACAAAAUGUACUGUAAAAUUUUGAAUUGUGGACUUUGGUACUGGCUAUGAAGCUACUUGUCUUCAACUUUUGCAAAAUGUAGCCUACUAUUUUUGCAAGCCAAAUUUAAAAAUAAUUUUUUUUAAAUGUUUAUUUAAGCACUUCAAGAAUUCUCUCUAGUCUAAGGCAGUGCUUUUCAACAAAUUGUUUGCAAAGAUUCACUUUUGUGCCGAUAGGUUUUGAUAACAAUAAAUAUUCCAUAAUCCAUCUAGAUCUAAUUUAAUAGGUCCUAAAUAACAACAAUUUUAUUAAAUGCUACUCCUCUUCAAAACAGACAAUAUUUUUAAUGCUUUUAAGAUAAAUUAAAGAAUUUUAUCAAUUAAUUUUAAUGUGUUCUAAAAUUUUUUAAAGUUUGUUUUAAGACGAUAGACUUUUCAAAGCUCCUAAUUUAAGUUAAUUAUUGUUAUUUACUUAUAACAAUGGAAUUAUACAAAAAGGAUGACAGAAUUAUUCCUUUCUUUCAAUUUAUAAUGGAAUUUGAUAACAUUUGUUUCAUAUAUGUCACACAUAUUAGGUUUCUAUUCAGAUUUUUUUUUUAUUAACACAUAGUAAAAAUUUUUAAAAAUUAUUGUGAUUUAAGUUUUAUUAUUAUUUACUUAAUAUUUUCAUUAUAUUACAUAAAAAUGAAGCACAAUAACUGAUUUUAUAUUUAUGUAUUUAUCUCUUACACAUAAAUAUAGGCCAGUAUGUUAAAGGCAUUAAGAAAUCAUAGGUUUGGUAUUUUAUAAAUUUGUAUCUCUAUUUGAAUACUCACUUAUACCUCUGCUCGUCUUCAUGAAUUUACUGAAGUUGUGGCUUUAUAACCAAUGAAAUAUCUGUAACUAUUCUGCUUCUUGGGAAAAGAAAUUGGCAACAAUAUGUGACAGUGUCAAACAUCUCAAACCUACCAUUUUAAAGAUUGUAGAGAAUAUGUGCAUAAAAUGGACUUUUAAAUCUAAAUGAUACUAAUUGGUUACAUUUUUUUAGGAAAAUACUUUAUUAUAUGUUGUUUCCUUUAAAACAGGAUUAAUAUGUGUAUAUGCAUUAUCAAGUUCUUAAAAAGGGUAAAACGAAGUUGGUGCUGAAAUGUAUAUGUUUUAAUGAGCAAGUCAAUUUGAGUUAAAAACAGAUUAUCUUUUUAAAGUUAGUGAAGCAAAUACAUAAGCUUUCUUUAUAUUUUUUUUUAAGUGGCAUCCCCUGAUAUUUUAAUUUUAUCCCUUUUAAACCUCCACCUAAAACUGAAAGAAAACAAUUUAUUAGCUACAAAUAUUCUAGUACCAAUUAUUAGCCCGCUUAAAUCUAGGCAAUUUUUAAAAAGGGACAAAGCCGUCCAGGCAAAGAAAGGUUCCUCAUGUCAGAUGAAAAUGAAAUUAAAGCUUGUAACAAUAAAUUUAUUUAAAUUCAAUUAUAAAUGCACAGCUUGACUUCCCAAGUCAUGCAACUGUGCAAUUUUAUUUUAUUUUGAAAUCUGCUUUAUGAUCAACUAUAGCCAGGAAAAUUUACAUAUUAGAUAAAAGAAGUAUUAUGUAGGCUUUUUUAAAGCUCUCCCCUAGACUUGAUUAUCCAUUCUCUAUACAAAAGCCAGGGCUAAGAGAGCAAGAGAGAAUUUUUCUAGGCCAACUAGUGCUGGCUUUAGGUAUUAAACACCAACAAUGUGGUAAGUUGAAGUAUGAGAAGGACAAAAAUUUUAUCUCAAUUUAUCUGUAGGCCUUAAAUGCAGUAUUAACUAAUAACUAGUUCAGUAUCUAGCUUUUAUUUUUCAAGUAGUCUCCUAAUUCCAAAAUAAAAUUUUAAUUUAUAAGAUUGCUUUCUUGCCUCUUAUAGUAUUUUAGUACAACUCAUUUAUCAAUAUUAUUAAUAGCUAAUCCUACAUAGAUACAAUAUUUUUUAAACUAAUUUUUUAAACAUAUUUUUAUAUAAAAUUCAUCGAAUGACAUAAAUAUAAUAUAUACAGAUUUAGCAUUUUGGAAAUCAAGAGGGAAAGUUUUAGUCAAGUUUAUCAUUGCAAGAUUUUUUCUUAUGCAGCAAAACUAUGAAUUGACAAAUUUUGUAUAAAUUUCGCAGUUUUGUGAGAUACUAUGCCUGUGCCAAAACAAAGCAUGUACACGUAUGAAGAUUACAAAACUACCAUGGUUUUUUAAAAUAUUAUAAACUACUCCCCCACCCCCCCUCCCACAUUUGAAUGAUAAAACAUGGUUUUCCACUUCAUUCUCUCCUCCCCACAAGAGUGAUUCCCUCUUACCUUACUUCACCUACCCCUAACAUUCUCCCUAUUAACAAGUGCAAAUCUUAUCAGCCCCUCCCAAAAUAUAACUUGAUGUAUACCCUUACAGAAUGAUUUCAUUCUCAACAGCCCUCUCAACCUUUUGUAUCCUCAAGAUUUUCCAUAUCAUCCCUACCUUUUUAAUUAAAACUGAAACAACCCUCUCCUCCCUUAUCCCAACCUCUCCUUUUCUUACCCUUUCGAGACCCUACAUCCUACACUGCCCACCACUGGUCACUGGCCAUACGCCAUAAUGAUUUUCUUCUGUACCUUUCCCAUGUUUUGUAAAAUCAAAACUCAAGCUACACCCCUAAUGGAAGCUCCAGGAAAUGGUUUUCCAAGGUUAAAGGUUUCCCCACCCUUGCUUUAGGAAAGAUAUUUCCCUUCCUCAUGAUGAUUUGUCAAUUUACAAUGAGUUUUCUUGUCAUAAAGUUUCUGAUUAUUUGCCAGACUUGGCUUUUGUGUAUUAGAAAUAUGAUCCAAAGUUUCACUCUGUAGAGCAGGCCUGAACAACAUACAGCCUGCAGGCGGCCCGCCAGCACCCUCUUUUUUCGGGAAGUUACGAAAUAUUCUUUAAUCUUAUUAUUUUCUUAAUAGCUUUGCCCCCAUCCUAUUUUCUUUUGGCCCGCACAAGUUUUUCAUAAAGCAUUUUGACCCGCCUUAUAUUUUGAGUUGUGCAGGCCUGCUGUAGAGUUUAGAUAACUUUAUUCAAAUUACAAUUUUUUAAUAUUUUUUUGAAUGCCACAAAAAUCUUUCAGCUUAGAACUUUAAAUAUGUUCCUAUGCAGAUUUACUUAGACAUGCUACUGCUAUAUUGGUUUUCCUAGAAUUUAAAGAUCUUUAAUGGCAAAACAACUUAUUGCACUUUCAGCCAAGAAGCUAACAUUAAAAAGUAUUGCCAAAAAAGCUUAUCAAAAGUCUGCUAAUAUUGAUGGAAAUUCUAAUUCAUUUUAAAAUUUUAAGUUAGAUAACUAUUUUUCUGGAGCCCCUUAAGAACCAAUUAAAAAUUAACAUUGGUUUAAAUUUUAAAUACCAGUACAAAGGAGGCAACACAAAAACUCUAAAGUGCAUAGUUUUUGAGGAGAAACUGCAAGCUGCUUUCUAGUCAUUGCUGGAACUUUUUUUCAUCUUGAAAAUUGCUUGUGAACAGUUUUGUAUUUUUAAGGAUGCUUUUUUUUUUUUUGGCUGGUAAAUUCAUUUGCAAAUAAAUGGCAGUAAAAAAUAUGUCUUUGGUACCAGUACCAUAAUUUUAAAUAAUCAACUGUAAUAUACCUACCCCAGACAUUUCACUGCCGUUUUCAAAAUAUAUCAAGCAUUAAUUAUUUUCUUAUAGCACUAUUAAAGAUGGCUUAUUGUUUUCUCUAUCAGGCUGAACAAAUGCACAAUGAACUGCUGGAAAAAAGGAAGGACAUUGAGUAUCGAUUCAAAGCCUAUUGUUGAACAGCACAAACCGCAAGAUAUCUAUUGCCUUUUCAGGUCGUAACAGUUCUGUGCCUCAAAUUAUUGACUUGUAUAAAAUGUUUCAAUAAACUUAAGUGCUUGUGUACAAUUUUUGUUUUCCCCUUACAAAGAUCUAAAUUAUUUGUCAGACAAUGUGACUGGUACUAGUAGAAGUAGAAAAAAACUACAU